AAUAGAAAGGUAGAUAUACAUAUGUAUAUAUGCACACUUUUCCAGCAACAUAAGUACAUACAUGAACUGCAUAAUAUGUAUACAUAUCCAUAUGAAUUGAAUGAAUAUGAAUAGAGAGGUGGGCUAUUUUUACAUUCAUAGGUGUACAUUGUUUUUGAAUACAGAUUAUAUUUAUCUCUAGGGCUUAGGCAAUAAUCACCAGUAUAUCAUCACACUUCAUGUUUUAUCAAAGACAAUAAUAAAAUCAAAAACAACAUACUGGGCGCUCUUUAAUUAGAGCCCCAUAAAAAGACCAAAUAUAAAAUAUCGUUAUUGCUGAAUAAUAUGUAUCUGUAUCGUUGGACUAAGAACAAUCAAUUUCAAGUAUAUUUAACUAGUUUUUUGUGGAUUUUUCUACUAUCUAACACUCCUGUCAAUAGCUUUUUAGAGAGAUUACAAACAGCACCUCAGGGUACAUUAGACGUAUUAACGGCAGUAAGAAUCAGUGAGCAAACAUAUGUACAAACUUCACCUGGUCGAUGUCGUCAAGAUUCGAAUGAUUUGGCAACAUCAUCAAAUAUUGCAGAAAGAAAUGUAGCUUAUUCUGUUCCUCGUGGGUUAAGUCUUUACAUAGAAGGUCGAUCUUUAAUCCCUGAUUCAUUUCCUCCAGAUCUGUCUAUUUUAUUUACUAUUCGAUUGGAAUCAAAUUUGGAAAAAGAGUUUUUCACUCUUUAUGAUCGACAUGGACGAAUGAUUUUACGCAUAAUAAUUGGCUCACAUUUGCAAUUAGAAUAUUUGUCAAAAGAAUCACAAUCUAGUCAGCUUUCUGAUGUGCAUCCUCGAGGUUUAAAAGCACAUUCAGGAAAAACAUUAGAGAAAGCUAUUUUUAAAACUCAUUUAAAUGAUGGCCUAUGGCAUCGUGUAGCCGUCAGUAUUGGUACUACUACUGUAAGAUUACUAGUUGAUUGUAAACAAAGGGAGUCCAUAAAUUAUAAUCGUUCAUCAACGAGCAUUGAUAACAGAGGUCGAAUACAAGUAUUGAAAGACGGCAUUCAUGGUUUUAUUGAAGAUUUUUAUCUCCUACCUGGUGAAGAAGGUGCUGUUAAACAAUGUGAUGUUUAUUCACCUAAUUGUUUUGAUGAUCAAAUGAUGGGGGAUGAAGGAGAUAAAGAUACUGAUCCAAUGCAGGGUCCAACAGGUUCUAUGGGAGAUAGUGGCCCACCAGGUGACAAAGGUGAACCAGGUUUGAAUGGAUCAUCCGUACCUGCUGGUGAACCCGGUCCACCUGGUCCUAUGGGUUCCCUGUUCAUCAUUCCUCUCAAUCUAGGCGUCGGCAGUAGUAGUUUUGCACGGGCAGCUACAUUUCGAGACCUGCUUCAAAAACAUUUGCUUUCCUUAAAAGGUGUACGUGGAGCUAGAGGAAUGACUGGUGUUACUGGUCCAGAAGGAGGUCCCGGUGAACCCGGCGUUAAAGGAGAAGUUGGGCACCCAGGUGAUACGGGAUACCAAGGACCUCGCGGACCGAUGGGCCCGCCUGGACGCCAAGGUUCAAGUGGACCACCGGGAUUAGAUGGUAGUCGUGGAGAACCUGGUCCAUCAGGAAUGAAAGGGGAAGAUGGACGCCCUGGUGAUUCUGGACUUAUAGGCCUUAAAGGAGAUAAAGGUGAAUUAGGGCCUCCUGGUCCCAAAGGUGAUCAGGGUCUCCCAGGUGAAGAGGGACCACGUGGACCUCACGGAGAUAUCGGAGAUCAAGGAGAUCCAGGUCUGCCUGGAGUACGUGGUCCUGUGGGUCAGCCGGGUCCGCAGGGUCCGAGAGGAAAACCCGGAAAUCAGGGACCGCGGGGACGUAAAGGUGAACUUGGAGAACCCGGUCUACCAGGAUUACCAGGGCCAGCAGGCCCUAUAGGAACAUCUGGGCCAGAAGGUAUGGCUGGUCCGCGUGGUCCAACAGGUGCAGCUGGUCAGAGGGGACGCUCUGGACCUUCAGGAGUUCCAGGUACUGACGGUCUCCCAGGAUUUCCAGGUCCCAAAGGAGAUGUAGGGCCUAAAGGAGAUACAGGUCCGAAUGGAUCAAAAGGUGAUACAGGUAUUCAAGGACCAAGAGGUUAUAAAGGUGAACGGGGUCGGGCCGGUCCUGAAGGUGCAAAAGGUGAAAGUGGAAAACCAGGGCCUGUAGGGGUUCCUGGAGAUCCAGGUCCAAAAGGAGUGAAGGGAGACAUUGGAAUAUCUGGCCCCGUAGGGUCGCCAGGCGUUACAGGUAUGAAAGGUGACCCAGGUCCACCUGGUCCAGUUGGACAAAGAGGAGACCCUGGGACUAAAGGUUUACCGGGAGCUAUCGGCACCCCAGGUCCACCCGGUCCAGAUGGGGAAAGAGGUCCACCAGGUUUAACUGGAAGACGAGGUCGAGGCGGUGACAAAGGAGACAUAGGACCUCCAGGUUCACCGGGUGAAACUGGGCAGCAAGGGCAGAGAGGGGCUCCUGGGCCAAGAGGUCCACCAGGAAGAUUUGGCCCGCCGGGCAUGAAAGGAGAUGCUGGCCCGGUUGGUCCAGUUGGAUCCGUCGGACCGAUUGGUGAACAAGGUCUUCAAGGCCCCGUCGGACCUCCUGGACCAAUAGGACCACCAGGUUCAACUGGAAGAGAAGGACCUGUUGGAUUUCCUGGACCACGUGGAGAACCAGGUGAACGUGGACCAGCAGGACAACCUGGUAGUCUUGGGAACACUGGACCACCGGGUCCUAUAGGCGAUCCAGGACCUGAAGGACAACAAGGUCCAGUCGGACCAACAGGUCCAACUGGAGAUCCUGGAAAGGAUGGUAUGCCAGGGCGUGAUGGUCAGCCUGGUUCUAAAGGUGUAAGAGGUUCACCAGGAGUACUUGGUAAUCAAGGUGUUCGAGGAUUUCCGGGAUUUGAUGGCAUGCCAGGUCGACCUGGACCAGCUGGUGUGAAAGGUGAACUAGGACCUGAUGGUGAAGUUGGACCUAUUGGAGAUAAAGGCUACCAAGGUGAUGUUGGUAUUAUCGGGCCAAUCGGACCAACAGGUCCGAUGGGAGCAAGAGGCCCACCUGGUCCAGCUGGAGUCAAAGGUUUAACCGGUGAAGAUGGUCCUUUGGGACUAAUAGGAUCUCCUGGGCCAAGAGGACCACCUGGUCGAUUAGGUCCUAUUGGACCUUUAGGGCCUCCUGGUUUUGAUGGGGAAAAGGGCGAUAAGGGUGCAUCUGGGCCACCAGGACCAAAAGGCGAUAAAGGAGGAGUGGGUAUACGUGGACCUUUUGGACCAGUUGGUAGCCCUGGGUUACCUGGAAUACAAGGACCACCAGGACUCCCUGGACAAGCAGGUGAGGAGGGACCUGAAGGGUUAGUCGGUCCAGAAGGAUCUCGAGGAUUACCAGGAGCACCAGGUGUAUCUGGAAUGGUAGGUGUGACAGGUUUACCAGGAAUAGCAGGAGAAAAAGGAGACCAGGGAUCACAAGGUCCUAUCGGUCGACGCGGUUUACCCGGGACAGUUGGAGUCCCUGGCCCAGCUGGCCAACCUGGAAAUGUUGGAGCGCCUGGUCCUGUUGGGCAACAAGGAGAAAGAGGAACUCAAGGAGAAGAUGGGCCACCAGGACCUCGAGGUGUCGAAGGGAGUCCUGGAGUACAGGGACCACUGGGACCAAAGGGUCAAGAGGGUCCCCGUGGGCCACAAGGAGUACCUGGUGAUAUAGGGGUUCCAGGACCCGAUGGACCGAAAGGAGAGUUGGGUCCUUUAGGAAUACCUGGACCUCAAGGACCAACAGGACCUCCUGGACCAAAAGGUGUUCAAGGACCAGUUGGAGAAGAUGGGUCUCCUGGACCACAAGGUCCUCUUGGAAAACAAGGUUUAAGAGGUCUACCUGGACCUCUAGGACCACCCGGACCUCCUGGUAUGACCGGUCCUCAAGGACGUACUGGACCUCAGGGUCCUAAAGGUGUAAAAGGUGAAACAGGUGAACAAGGAGUACCUGGUGAACCAGGACGCGUUGGUCCAGUAGGAUCGCCUGGACCUCCAGGAUCUUUGGGCAGUCCUGGCCAGCAAGGUGUACCAGGGGUAAUGGGUAAACAAGGCAAGACAGGAGAACGAGGAUCAGAAGGACUGCAAGGUAAGCAAGGUGACCCUGGUAUACAAGGUGACCGUGGUCCAAAAGGUAGCAAAGGAACUUAUGGUCCAGUCGGUCCUUUGGGGCCUCCUGGACCAAAGGGUGAACAAGGUGUUCCCGGACUUGAGGGCGUACGAGGAGUGGUUGGCCUUAAAGGAGAAAGGGGCCCUGUCGGACCUGCCGGAGAUCCAGGGCAACCAGGUCCAUCUGGACCGGUUGGCCCUGAAGGUCCAGCUGGACAUCCUGGUCCGCCAGGAUUACCUGGUGUUCCAGGUCAAAAAGGUUCAUCUGGUCCAGCAGGACCACCGGGACCUCCGGGUCCAAUCAAGGUCUUAGAUAUGAGUGAAGGUUAUUAUAGGUUUGAGGAUACACCAAGAGUUAGACGUAGUAUUUCAGAUGCUUUAUACCAUAAUCAAUAUUAUUCGAAACAGGAUCCAGAUGAAAGUAUUACACCGAAUACAAUACCAUCAGUUGGUGCAGUACUACGUCGUAUAUAUGCAAGAAUCGAAAGCUUAGAAGCAUCUAUGAAUAGCUUUGAACGUCCUAUGGGUACACAACAAAAUCCAGCUAGACAUUGUCGUGAUAUAUUUGAAGCUGCUGAGUUUCCAGAAACUUCUAAAUCUGGUACUUACUGGAUUGAUCCAAAUCUUGGUUCACCAACUGAUGCAUUCACAGUUGAAUGUAGAUUUCAGAAUAAGGGAAAUGUUGCUGAAACAUGCAUUAAACCAAGUGAAGAUACAAAAACACAACCUCUUACUAAUUUUGUUAAAACAAAUAACUCAGAAGACUGGUGGAUUUCACAUUUAAAACAACAGAAACAAAAUGGAACAAUGCAUAAAACUCAAUUAUAUUAUGCACCAAUAAAUCAAAUUCGUUAUCUACAACUAUUACAUUCAAAAGCUGAACAAGUUAUCACUUUUACAUGUCGUAAUACACCAGUAUAUUUUGAUGUGAAAAAUCAAAAUUAUAAGAAUGCAGUAAUCGUUAAAUUAUUUGAUGAAAAUGUGAUUGAUACUUAUGAAGAUAGACGUACACGUACUAUUGGUGGUGGUAUUAUGUUAGAUAUCAAGGUUAAAGAUGAAUGCAUGGAAAGAAGUAAACAAAAAGCCAGUAGUGUAUUUGAAUUUGUCACCCGUAAACCAAACUUACUUCCAUUAGUUGAUAUUCAAUUAAAAGAGUUUGGAGAAAGUGAUCAAGAAAUUGGAUAUUAUAUGGAUGCUGUUUGUUUCAGUUAAAUUUGUCAUCAUUGGUAUUUAUGAUUUAAUCAAUAAAUGAACUAUUAUUUAAGCUGAAUAA